CCCUGAGCGUCCGCCAUGUUUUCGGCCCGUUCCAUCCCGGAUGUUUUUGCGCCGUGAAGGAAAUGGCCGAGGGGUUGCUCCGGGCCAAGCCGGGCUGUGAGAGGGCGGCGGCGCCAUGGCUACCGAUAGUAACUGGUUGUCGGGAGUGAACGUCGUGCUGGUGAUGGCCUACGGCAGUCUGGUGUUCGUGCUGCUGUUCAUCUUCGUCAAGAGGCAGAUCAUGCGCUUUGCCAUGAAGUCGAGGAGGGGUCCCCACGUCCCCGUGGGCCACAACGCCCCCAAGGACUUGAAAGAGGAGAUUGAUAUCCGACUAUCCAAGGUUCAAGAUAUCAAGUAUGAACCUCAGCUUCUUGCGGAUGAUGAUGCAAGACUGUUAGAGCUGGAAACCCAGGGAAAUCAGGAUUGCUACAACUAUUUAUACAGGAUGAAAGCUCUGGAUGCCAUCCGUGCCUCUGAUAUCCCAUUUCAUGUUGAAGGCCGGCAUCCCCGUUCUUUAAUGGGCAAGAAUUUUCGCUCCUACCUGCUAGAUCUUCGCAGCACCACUACCCCAUUCAAGGGCGUGCGCAAGGCCCUCAUCGAUGCCCUGCUGGAUGGCUAUGAGACAGCUCGUUAUGGGACAGGGGUCUUUGGCCAGAGUGAAUACCUGCGCUAUAAGGAGGCCCUCAGCGAGCUGGCCACUGUGAUCAAAGCACGAAGUGGGAGCUCUCAGAGACAGCACCAAUCAGCAGCCAAAGAUCUGACCCAGUCUCCUGACGGCUCCCCAACAACCAUCCAGGUGACAUACCUCCCCUCCAGUCAAAAGAGCAAACGUGCCAAGCACUUCCUCGAAUUGAAGAGUUUUAAGGACAACUAUAACACAUUGGAGAGCACGCUGUGAUGGAACUAUAGACCUCUUACAGUGAACUAGUGGAUGGAGCUGAACAGACUGCAGUGUGCUGCCCAGCUGAAACAGACUGGCUUCAUCAGAGCUUCCACUGUCCAGAGCUCUCUAGAGAACUUUUCACCGGCCCUUCUUAGAGCACGUUUCAGAUCCUUGGUGACUUGGUAUUUUCCUUUGGACUUGAAUUCAGAUUUUUUUUAAAACGUCAGUUAUAUUGUAAUUGUUUUAUGUGUAAGUUCUUAUUUGGACUAGGGAUUUAGCUCGGUGGUAGCAUGCAUGCCUCUUUUGCAUGAGGCACUGGAUUCCAUCCCCAACAUCACAUGACCCAUUAAGCAGCACUGGGUCUGGCUCACAAGCAGCGACUGAAGCAUCUUGGAUAUGGGUCCUGCUUAAUAAAGUCUCCUGGACCGAGAGGUGGCUCUGAAAUCUGGGAGGGUGUGCUUUGGAUACAGAAGGACUAUGUUUAAUCAUCCCUACGACCACAUGGUUCUUCAGGCAUCACUGGAAGCAAACCUCAAGCAUUGGGCCAAGCCUCUGUCAUGUUCCCUUUUCCAAACAAUCCCUAAAGUGAAUACAGACAUGAGUAGGGUUUGCUGUCUUCUGUAACUACCCUUUUGUACACAAAGUGGAAUUUUGGAUUUAGGGAAGGAACUGAAUUGGAGGUCAUGGGUGGCAUAUGGAACAGCUUAACUGGUGCUUUACCUAAACCAGGGUGUGUUGAAAUCUUAAGACGGUUCUUAUGUUUCAGGAUCUGCACGCCGUCUUCCAUUCCUCAAUCACAAAUGAAAAAGAAAAUGUUUUAAGGGGAUAAUCCUACCCCCAUAUAUAGUGGGGAUGCUAAAGGACAGUGAAGGGAUGGUCAGAUCUUAGCACUUGUCUCACUUUAUGUUAUUUAAUAAAAUGGACAGUUAAAACCA